AACCACCGCACCCAGCCAAGAAUUCUAUUUUCUGAAACAAGCUGCCUAAUAUAUUUUUAAAAUUCUAUAUUAAUCUCGUUAUGUCAAAUGUAACAGUUUACUAAUGCCUACUUAUAAUUUGAGAUUAUAAAAUGAAACAAUAGGGUUAAAAGAUACCCUUUACACAUCUGUUGCAUCAUUGACCCAAAGUGGAAUUUUGGUGGGUCAGCACAAUUCACCCAGCCUGGCUGGGCACAUGGGAUGUAAGAACCAAGGCCAAGUCCAGGAAGAGCCGGGCGCUCACAGACCUGUGGGGAAUGGGUAGGCAAGGCAGUAGCGACCAGUGACAUACCCUAAAAAUAAUUCCAAAGACAGUAGUUCCCAUGGAGAGCUUGACAGCCCAAGUCCACAGAGAAACACAGCAGGUUAGCUCAUCUGGAUAGGGCUAACAAGGCAGGUUUGAGAUUGCAAACAGAGAGACAGAGACCACCUAGGACCCCCGCGGAUACCCACUGCUCGGGUAUAUCUGGAGGGUCCUGGCCUUCCCACUCAGCAAACAUUCAAAAAGAACAGUUGCUUUGCUUGGUCUGGUGCAGGAGGAAUGAAACCCUAAUCCCAGGGGCUUCGCGUUGUGAUUGGUGAAGGUGGACAGAAGCUGCGCACUCUGAGAACUGCUGCCAGUAAGUGGGUCGGGAAAAGGCGCGAGGCUCUGACUCCUGCGCUGUCUCUCCCGCAACCCUAUCUCCACAUUUUGAGGAUUAUUCUGUCUUCUUCAAAGAAACUUGUGGAGGCCACCACUUGAGACCCAGUUUCUGAAGUCCCCAGAGGGUGGAGGUGACUGAGUUGUUUUACUGCAAAUAUUGACACUAUCCCGUAUAACAUUCGUUUAGCGGCUAUUCUGGUUUUUUGUGCUUUGCGUGGAUUGCAUUAACCAUCGCUGCAACUCUGUGAGGUAGGUACUAAUCCUUCCUCUCACUUCACAGAUAAGGGGCCGGAAGCUCAGCGGCUUGAGUAACAUGAUCAAGCUUGAACUCCUAGGAAGCCAGACACGAGGACGAGAACCCAGGCGUUUUGACUGUGUGCCCAUUGCCCCAUGUAGCUCUGCGGCCUUCUCCCCUGGCUUUUACGAGUCUCCACAGAAUGCCUUCGUCCCGCUGCACCUGUGGGGACUGGCUCCAGGACCUCCCACAGGCACCAAAACCUGCAGACGCUCAAGUCCCUGAUUAAAAUUCCCUGUAUUUGGUAUAAUCUAUGCACAUCCUCCCGUAUACUUAAGUCAUCUCUAGAUUACUUAUAACACCGAAUACAAUGUAAAUACUAUGUGAAUAGUUGCUGUGCUGCAUUGUUUAGGGAAUAAUGACACGAAAAUGUAUGUACACGUUCAGUACACACAAAAAUUUUUUUUCAAAUAUUUUCCAUCUGUGAUUGGUUGGAUCCAUGGAUGGGACAUGGCCCAUGGACACAGAGGGCCAACUGUGACUGAUUUCUCUCUGCCUCCUCACUAAUCUGUGCUCUGGCUGAAGGCAGGGACCUGCCCCAGCACGCUGCUCCUGACUCCGGGCUAACAGUCCCCCAUUGGCUGAUUGGCUCCAUGGAGCAAAUCCAUUGUGUCCACAGGGCUGACCUCACACUGGCGGCUCCCAGUCACAACCCAGACGUUCCGUAGGAAGCAGAGUCUCCUAGUUCCUCCGAUAUGUACAGGAACUGUGGCUCAACAUCCCUUCCAUCCAUAUGAUAAAAGACUGACAAUUUUAGGGUGACAGACAAGGUUCAAAGCUUUUUCACUUUUUUUUAAAUUUUGUUUUUAAUAGACUGCCCACUCCAUUUAUGUUUGCCUUAGGCAGCCAGGCUCCCUCCAGUUGGGAAAUUAACAAUCUUGCCAGGUAGCUUCAACCACUGAUUCCACUUGUCUCAGGAGAAUUAAAAAGCCGUUUCAGGGGAGAUAAAAAGAAGGUAAUUAUAUUUCACCACCACAAGUUUUUUUUUCAAGGCAAUAAACAGUCACAAACACCCAGAAAAGUCACCAACCAGGCCAAAGUGCUCUUGAGUGAAACUCAAUUAUUUGGGAUUCAAGGUAUUUCCUCAAGACUCGCAGUGGCCUUCUAGCUGGAUUGCCUAGCACCCCCAUGGAGUUCCUGAGGAACGAAGCAAUAAUUCCACAUAGACCUGCUCUUGUUCAAGUAAUGUUAAUUGCAAGUAUAGCCUUCAGCGUUGCCCUGAUAUGUGGGAUGGUGAUCUCCUAUAUGAUAUACCGACUGGCCCAGGCGGAGGAAAGGCAGCAGCUGGAGACGCUUUACAGAAACAUCCGGCUACCAUCACUCGGCGACGAGGAGGGCGGCUCCGGGGACGAGGGCCAGGAUGAGUCCAUGUACCUGCUCGCGGAGAACGAGAAGGAACUGGAAAAGUUCAUUCACUCAGUUAUCAGAUCAAAAAGAAAGAAAAAUAUUGAAGAGAAGAAUUUGAGGGAAGAGCAAAAGUUAGCAAAGGGAAAAAUGCCAAAGAAUACUACACCCCAUGCCAACGUGGAGAAUUUGUGAGAGCAAGUGGAAGUGAUGGAGGAUGUGCUGGCCAAAGUGCAGGAAAACUGCAGGGGUGAUGGGGCUGAGAAUGUGAGCGUAACUUGCUCCCAGAGAGCCUUGUAGAAGAGCACGUUAUGCCAGAGGUAUAUAACAGAAAAUAAACUCUCUUGAUAUAGCAA